AUGGAAAAAGUUCAAAAAUUUGACAAAAAUCUGAAAACCCCCACAGAUCUGGUCGAUCCUGAGCAAAGAUCUAGAACAGAGGAAGAACUGAGGGUUUAUUUUAAGGAACUUAAUUUGGAAACGAGAGUAAAUACAUCUCUUUAUUAUAAAUUUGAAGAUGCAAACUACGCAGGAUUUUUAAUGAUGGAGCCUUAUAGAAAUAUUUAUGAGAAAUAUAUCACAAAAGCUCCAUUUGGAUUUCUAACAAAGCUCUGGAACAAGCAGGAUGUCACUAUCCUAUUCUCAAAACCAAAAAUUAAAAAGAAAAUUCUCAAGAAGUUGAUAAAAAGUUUAAAUUGAAAGAUUGAUAGGCUCAUAUUAGGAGCCCUAUCUCCAUUGGAUAUACAAUAUGUGAAUAUUAACCGAGCAUUCACAGACUUUUGAAAAAUUUCUCACAAUUUAGUCAAGGAAGUAUAUUUCAACGGCCAAACCUUAACUCUCAAAUAAAUUCGCAUCCAUACUCAUCUCUGGAUACAAAAUAGUCUCCUUUAAUUUCCAAAACUGACACAUCACCAGCCCAAAACCCACCACCUCAACCCCCCAAAACUCCCUCUCCAAGACCCUAAACCUUUCUUACCCCAAUCCUUCCUCCCUAGAGUACCUCAAAAGCCCAGAUUACAUCCCUAAAAUCCUCAAAACAAUCAGCCUGCUCCCUUGCAUCAGAUCUCUCUGUGAAAUAAACUUCCUCGGCUGCUUCCACUCUCUAAGUGAGCUAUACGCACUGAAGAAGAAGUUUUUUAAUUCUGCGAAUGUACAGAUCAGGGUGAAGCAGGAAUAUAAAUUUUAGGUGGUGUUAAGGUUCAAUGUUG